GUCAUCUACGUGGGAAUUCACUGGACCAAGCCUUGGUUUAUUCACAUCCAUCCAGUAUUUAAGCCACAUUUUCACAGAUGCCAGACUAAUACAGACUGAGACAUUACAACAACUGGACGAGAACAUCAGCGCAAGGAUGAAGUCAAUUCAGGCAUUGUUACUGAUGCUUUUUGUUGCAUCUGUCUUUUCAAAACCAUUUCCUUUGCGCAGAAGAUUUGAUUCAUCAGACUCAAGAUCCGGUUCCAGUGAGGAUUCAAACUCUGAAUCAAAUGAGUCUAAAUCAAGGGAAUCGGAUUCUUCUGAGGAAGUUGUUGUGCCACGCACAAGCCCUACAACUACAAGAACAAAUCCGCCGACCACUGUCACAACAACAAGACCAACAACUGUCACGACAACAAGACCAACAACUGUCACGACAACAAGACCAACAACUUUCACGACAACAAGACCAACAACUGUCACGACAACAAGACCAACAACUGUCACGACAACAAGACCAACAACUGUCACGACAACAAGACCAACAACUGUCACGACAACAAGACCAAUAACUGUCACGACAACAAGACCAACAACUGUCACGACAACAAGACCAACAACUGUCACGACAACAAGACCAACAACUGUCACGACACCAAGACCAACAACUGUCACGACAACAAGACCAACAACUGUCACGACAACAAGACCAACAACUGUAACGACAACAAGACCAACAACUGUCACGACAACAAGACCAACAACUGUCACGACAACAAGACCAACAACUGUCACGACAACAAGACCAACAACUGUCACGACAACAAGACCAACAAUACCCACGACAACAACAACAACAACCCCAACAACAGAAGACACCACAACCUGGGUUGCGCAGAAUAUGACCAGUGCUAACAUGACAUGUGGAAGGCUUGAUGAUAACUGUGAAUAACUUCCUGUUUAAUCGUAUUUUCAUGCAAAACACACAAAUAACAGUGUACAACUGAUUAUAGUCUACAGUAUAACCUAUGCUUAUGCGUUGAUAAUGAAGGUCUUGAUACUAAUAAUAUAACUAAUAAGAUUAAAAUUGCAUGUUCUCAU